GCGCAGAGCCCUGGGGUGGCCAAGUCCCAGGAGAGCCACUGCCUGAGGAGGAAGCAGCUCCCUGCGUCUCUCUUCACGGGAAGACGGUGGACUUUACAUAGAGUGACAUAGAACAUGGACAGAGAAAAAGUGAAACCCAACUCCCAGCCCGCCCAAGGCCACUUGUUGAGCCUGCAGAGGAGGCCGAGAGAGAGGGAUGAGGCCGGAAGGAGAGGCCAGUGGACGGAGAAGGCCAAGAUCUUCUCUGUGCCGAGGGAGCCGUCUCCGUUGCACAUGUCCUCAUCCUCCUCACCGAUGCCCAUCAAGCUGCCACCGGUGGACCUCAGGCAACCGAAGGUGGGAACCAAACGUGACCAAUUCAAGGCCUCACAGUUGGAGCUCAGGCAGCCACAGGCAGCACCUCAGGGCAGCCGGAGCCGGGCCCUGUCCCUCUGUGGGGACAGGCUGCCACCACUGCCACCGCUGCCAUGGCUGCCACCACAGCAGCAGCUUCCACCUCUGCCACAGUUGCCCUACCUGGUGAGUCCCAGGGGCACUCGGAGCCAGGGCACAGAGCUGGGGAGAGCAGGAGAGAAGGGGCCCCAGCCCUGCAGCCCCUGUCCUGGGCAGUCACACACCCCCGUGCCCAGGGUGCUCUUGCCCCCGCUCAGGGUGGCCCAGGAGGGCACAGCCCCUGUGUCCCCGAGCUGGCAGCUGCAGCCUCUGCCACCCAUCCCCUCAGGGACUCGAGUCAUGGAGCACAGCCUCACAGGCACAGCUCCAGAAAAACAGGAAAACUAUGAGCUGUCCCAAGGGGAAAACGACAGUGACCCUGAGCUGUCCCCAGUGACUGAGGACAUCGAGCUCUCUCCAGGGGACAGCAAGAGUGACCAGGAGCUCUCCCCAGUGGAGGAUGACACUGAGCUCCUUCCAGUGAACAGCACAAGUGAUGAGGAGCUGUCCCUGAUAGAAGAGGCCAUUGAGCUCUGUCCAGGUGACAGCAACAGUGAGACAGGGGUGUCUGAAGAGCAAGAGGCCAUCGAGGUGAUUCCAGGGGACAGCAUGAGUGACCUGGAGCUGUCCUCGGUACAAGAGGACAUCGAGGUUAUCUCGGGGGACAGCGUGAGUGACCAGGAGCUGUCCUCUGUGCAAGAGGACAUCGAGGUGAUUCCAGGGGACAGCAUGAGUGACCAGGAGCUGUCUUCGGUGCAAGAGGACAUCAAGGUUAUUCCAAGGGACAGCAUGAGUGACCAGGAGCUGUCCUCAGUGCAAGAGGACAUCGAGGUGAUUCCAGGGGACAGCAUGAGUGACCAGGAGCUGUCUUCGGUGCAAGAGGACAUCGAGGUUAUCCCGGGGGACAGCAUGAGUGACCAGGAGCUGUCCUCGGUGCAAGAGGACAUCGAGGUGAUUCCAAGGGACAGCAUGAGUGACCAGGAGCUGUCCUCGGUGCAAGAGGACAUCGAGGUGAUUCCAGGGGACAGCAUGAGUGACCAGGAGCUGUCCUCUGUGCAAGAGGACAUCGAGGUGAUUCCAAGGGACAGCAUGAGUGACCAGGAGCUGUCUUCGGUGCAAGAGGACAUCGAGGUGAUUCCAAGGGACAGCAUGAGUGACCAGGAGCUGUCCUCAGUGCAAGAGGACAUCGAGGUUAUCCCGGGGGACAGCAUGAGUGACCAGGAGCGGUCCUCAGUGCAAGAGGACAUCAAGGUUAUUCCGGGGGACAGCAUGAGUGACCUGGAGCUGUCCCAAAUGUCAGAGGACGUCGAUGUCUUUCAAGGGGACAGCAUGAGUGGUCAGGAGCUGUCCCCAGUAGAAGAAAGCAUUGAUGUCAUUUCAGGGGACAGCCCAACUGAUGAGGAGCUGUCCCCAGUGCCAGAGGACACUGGGAGCAAUGCAGGGGACAGCAAGAGUGACAAGGAGCUGUCCCAAGGUCAUAACAACGAGGGUGAGAAGGUUUCCCCAGAAGACGUCAAAGAUUAUUCCCAGCUGUGCUCUGGGGAAGACUGUGGUGUCCAGGACAUGUCCCAGAGGAAAGAGGCUGAAAAUGCAGAGCUCUCCGAUUCGGAAGAAUGGGAGGAUGAAGUGAUGCCAAGGAUGGCCCUGCGUGGUGGAAUGGAGAGAGGUCCGAGCUCAUCACGUGAACUGCCAGGAAUGGGGGAAAUGUCAUGUCAUCAGAAGGUGCUAGACUGGCUGGACGCCAAUUUCCCUAAUGAUUAUGGAGUCGACGAGGAGGAGGACGAAGAGUACGAAGAUUAUGGAUACGAAUUACUGUCCUCCAAAGUGUGGAAUCGGUGGAAGGAGCAGGCGGAGGCCCGGUUGGAAGAGGUGUUGUGCUCCAUGUCAUUCCUCGGUGUCACAGUCGGUGACCUUGUGCUUUCUAAAAGGAAGCGCUGCAGAGAGCAAAAGAUGUCCCGAGGGGAAGAUGGCACCCAGGCCAAGGUGUGGAAUAACCACGUGGGCCUGGUGGAUGAUGAGGAUCCCCUGGAGGGACCCAGCUCCAGGUAUGUGGGUGCAGGGCUGGCAGCAGAGGCAGCCCGUGCCCUGCCCGAGCUGGCAGCUGCUAAGAAGAAGCCCCGGCAGCCUCUCGGUGCAGAGGAGCCAGAGGCACAGAGCCGGGUCUCCGAGAAACGUCCCUCCCGCUUCAGGCGGGCGCUGCGGGCGCUGUUCCUCUGCUCCUGCCUGAGGCCACAGCCGGAGGAGUAAAACAGGGCACCGAGAGCAGGAAUUGCUCCCACAGCCUCCCUCCUGGCAGGACUGCGGCUCACACGGGGCGGCCAAUGCCAACGGGAGUUGGGAUACCAACGGGAACAAGACGAGGAGCACAAAGAAGACAAAGACGAUGAAGAAGAGGAAGAAGACGAUGGAAAUGGAGAUGAUGAAGAAAAUUAAGAAGAGGAAGAAGAAGAUGAUGACUGGCUCCGUUUUGAGACACUUUUAAUAGAGGACACUCCACAAUGAAGUGCCUUUCCUAAAGGGAUCCCCCACCCCCAAUAGAAGAUGAAUACCAAUAGGGGGAAAUGAAAAAACCCAAACCAACAAUUAAUCACCCACAGAACUCAGCCUCUGCCCCAUCAAGACCCAGGAACAAAGACCCCAAAACGUCUGGAGAAUGGGGCAAACAUGGAAGAAAUCCCCUUCCUGACACGGGGUGCGAGACGGCGCCGGCUUUCACGCUGAGGGAAGUGGAGCUUUCAGGGGGGAGUUCCAGGCAGCAGGAGGCACAGCCCUGGUGGCUCUCUGGCACUGACCUCCUGUCCAGGACAGACCAAGCAGCUCGGCUGGAAUCUCUUGCUGCGCUUUCUCCGCCCGGCUCAGCUCCCCGAGGCCCCGGCCUAACCAAAGCACACAGCUCCAUGAACGCCUGGGCAGUGAGGCUUGGAAAAUGCUCACCCCAAGAGCCCAAAGCUCCCCUUCCCCAGCCCCGCACACACCCGGCCCCGGCGUGGAACGUACAGCAACCAUUGCUUGGGCAUAAAGCAGAGGUUGUUGGAACGGACUCUGAGCAUAAACCACGACAGCGACACA